AUGUCUGAAGAAUCAAAUGCGUCUGGACUACAAUCUACUACAAUGAUCAGAUCAGUUACAAAAAAAAUGUUUUAUACUCAAGUGGGAUUACUUAUUUUGUUUUCAAUUACAAUAAUUAUUCUUAGUUCGAUUGCAUUAAGUAUUUUAAUCAAUCAUAUAAAUUCAAGAGAUGCAGAUAAAUCUCUAGAUAAUAAUGAAUUAUUGUCAUUUUCUAAUCAAAUAAAAAUUGAUGAUUUAAUUUAUCAUCUAAAACAACUUCAAAUAAUUGCUGAUCAAAGUAAUGGAACACGAGCAAUUGGAACUCCAGGAUUUGAUGGUACACUUAAUUAUAUUAUCGAACAAUUAGAACAACAUACAAAUUUAAUUGUUCGACAUGAAUAUUUUACAUUGAAAAAUUGUGCAGUUCAAGGAACACCACAAUUACAAUCUCAAAUUAAUGGUUUCAUUGAAAAUCAUACUCAUUUAAUAGAUUUUGCACAUAUUCUAUUUACACCUGGAGCCAAUUUUGAUUCUUUUGUUCGAUUAAUCUCAAUACCAAAUCUUGGUUGUGAAGAUUCUGAUUGGAUGAAUAUAUCAGUGACAGAUGCUAUUGUAUUAGUCAAACGUGGUGUUUGUACAUUUCCAGAUAAGACACAACUGGCAGAAAAAUAUCGUGCUAAAGGAUUACUUAUGUACAAUGAUGGAGCUGCAUCAGAUCGUUUUCAAACAGUUCGAUAUGUUAGAAGUCAUCUAAAUGCAACAAUUCCAGGUUAUUUCCUAUCAUAUUAUUUAGGAAUGAAGUUGGUUAAUGCAAUAUCAAAUUCAAGUACAAAUACCAGUAUAAAAAUGAUAUUUGAUGUACGUGAUGCAGAAAUUGGAAAUAUUUGUGCUGAUACACCAACAGGAAAUAAAGCUGCAACAAUUGUUGUCGGUGCACAUAGUGAUGGUGUAUUAGAUGGAAGUGGAAUUAAUGAUAACGGUAGUGGUUCAGUUGGUAUUUUGGUUUUAGCUCUUAAUUUAGCUCGUUUAUUUGAAAUGACUUCAUUAAACUAUGCUCAAUUUUUAUAUCGUGUUCGAUUUUGUUGGUGGGGUGCAGAAGAAGUUGGUCUUCUUGGUUCUAUUUAUCAUGUUGAACAAGCAUCAUUGCCUACUGCUACUAUUGAAAAUGGACGUCUACAAGAUUAUUUAGUUUAUUUCAAUUAUGAUAUGUUAGCUUCUCCUAAUAGUAAUUUUGGUAUUCUUGAUAGUAUAUCAAUUCCACCAGAAACACCUAACAAAACUCUACCUGGCACUAAUCGAAUUACGAAUUUAUUUCAGCAAUGGUUUAAUGAACAAAAACUUCCAUGGACAAGAUCAGGUAUUGGAGGUGGUAGUGAUUUUGUACCAUUUUUAACUGGUGGUAUAGCUUCUGGUGGAGUAAAUACAGGUGCUGGUGGAUUAAAAUCAGCAACUGAACGAGAUCAAUAUGCAGAUUUAUUAGGAACAGGUAAUAGUGGAUUAGCUAAUGUUGCAUAUGAUUCAUGUUAUCAUCAACAAUGUGAUCGAAUAAAUAAUGUAAAUCCAUUUGCAUAUGAAAAAGUUGUUAAAGCAGCUGCUUAUGCUAUUGAAUAUAUGGGAAGAUUGAAUGAUUUAGAAAAUUGGCUUUAUCCACAAGGACGAGUACAGAAUUUAAAUUCUUUUAAUAAAAAACAUAUCUAUAAUAUUCAUUAUGAUUCUGAUCUUUUUUGA